AUGCGAUUGCUCAUAUUAGCUGCUUGUCUAUUUGGCCUAGUUUUAGGCCUGGUCCAGGACGAGUCGCAAAGAUUUUUCGAGCAAGAAGAUGAGGCCCAAGAUGAGCUGGAAGUAGGCCCAGUAGGCCCACCAGGCCCGAUUCUAGUGGCCCCCGAGCCUUUGCCCGGAAUUCUACACGCCAAACCACCAGGCUUCGGACCAAAAACUUUCAAGGUAGGAUUUUUCAGCCUGAAAUUCCGGCUGAAAAUUCGAACAUUUUCAGAGAUCAAGAUGGCAGGGAGUUUCUCGACGAAAAGAUGAAUAA